CAUGAAUCUCAGUACAGUAUGAUCAUGUGACCUCAGUCGACGAAAAUGAGAGCUGGGUAUUGCCAGCUGAAAACAGCACUGGUUAUAUUAACCUUUUAUUUGUGUUUUUACGCGACGCAUCAACUGACUGAGCUGCAGGUAUGUAACCUCUGUAGUGGGACUGUGUCGGAUCGGACGGUGGUAGGCCGGUUCUGCACCUCUUCCGCUGGCCGGACAGAAGGGCGCUGCUGCUUGAGAAAUGAUAACACGAGCAACCCUGAAUACAUCAUCGGGUUGGAUCUCUCCAAUUGCUCUUUAACUUGUGUGGAGGGUCUUCAGGACGCAUCUACAGCGUUAAUGAUAGACCUGUCACUCAAUUCAAUUGCCAACAUCAGUGACUCGGUGUUUGAAGGAUUUAUUGAUUUAAAUUACUUGGUUUUGCCACCAAACCUACCAUGCCCAGGGGGCAAUUCAUCUUGGGAAAAGGCAGAGGUCCAUGAGGGAAAUCGUGUUUGUCAAGUCCAGAGGAAUAUAUGUAACCAAACCGGACAGAUGUCCUUCAACUGCCCGGAGAACUCCCUCUGUGCUCCCUACGGCCCUGGCUUCUUUGAAUGCAGUUGUGCUGACAACUACCACGGAUAUAAAUGUCUUCGAGAGGGGGAAUUUCCGGCUCUCCUGGUGUUUGGGCCUCUUGGGGCGUCCACGGUCCUGAUCUCCAUCCUGCUGUGGGUCACCCAGAGACGCAAGGCCAAAUCGGUCUAAAGGUCAACUACUAUCCCCCAGCUUUUUGAUUUACCUUUGGACUGUGCAGUGAUCUGCAGAAGCGACACACACUGAUUUGAGAGGGAAAAUGCUGACACAAAGUCUGAGAGGCUGCAAGGCUGUUUUACAAGUUUUAUGACUGUUUUACCUUUGCAAGGCAGCUAUGUUUUAGUUGGGAAAAAUAUUGAAAACUGACAGCCAUACGUCUUGUUUUGUUUUUGGAAUUGUAUUGGUACAAUUUAUCAUAAAGACGGGUAUACGAACAAACAUUACUCUUAUUAGAGUUUUGAUUUUUUUUCAUUACUAAUGACCACUCCUCCACAUCCAUCACUGUAUGUAGCUGACAUUAACGUUCUAAUUUGUGGGAUUUGCUUCACUAUGUUUAUGGUGCCAAACUCUGUAUAUGUACCAUGUUUCAGGAACACUGGAGCUUUAUACUUUGAAGCAUGUAAUUUUGUGUUACGGGAAAUUUUGUGGAUUUGGGCAAAUUGGUGCAAUAGUUGUUUGCAUUUGCAACACGUGCUUUCAUGAGGGCAAAAACCAAGUUCAACUCAAUAGAAGAAUGACAAUAUGAACCACCAAGGUUCAAGCUUAACAGAGUCUUUAUACCUGUGAUGUAUUUAAUGUUAUUUCUAUAUUUGCAAGAAAGUUUAACUUUAAUAUUACCUACUGCAACAUGAAUUGUUUUUUGUUUUUAGAUCAGUGAUUGAUAGUAUCAUCAAUCCAGUGUUAUCCAGUGAUGCUGUAACACACAUGACACAUUAAAGUUUUUGUGACCUCCAAGAUGAAA